AUGAACCAAGAUUUUUCUAUUCAGGAAGCAGAUGAGUUUAUUAAUAUAUCAACGGAUCGAACGUUACAACUAAAAUUCAAAGAAGAAGGAGUGGAAAGGUUUUGGAUUUCCAUCGAGAAUGAACAUCCAUUUAUUGCAAAACGAGCGUUGAAUAUCUUGUUGCUCUUUUCGACGUCCUAUCUGUGCGAACUUGGAUUUUCAACUCUAACAAAUAUUAAAAGCAAAAAAAGAGAAAGACUUACCAAUUUAGAAGAAGAAAUGAGAGUAGCGCUCACUUACAUAAGACCCAACCUUGAGGAAAUUUGUAAAGGUCGUCAAGCGCAAAUUUCUCAUUAA